AAAGUGGUGCUUCGGCGUGAUGUCGUUUCAAAUCGGCACAACUUCUGCUUUGGUGCAUUUCGCCAUAGGAACCUGGAUACAUAAUUAUAUUUGAAGCCCGUUUUCGUGGCAAACAAAGAUUUGGAUUCUGAGUCUGUUGCUAGCCAAAACAGCAGUAGUAGAAAUUUUAAAAAAAUGUUUUUUCAAUUUUUUUUUUGCACAAAAUAAGAUAAGCAAGGAAGCUGGUGUAAACGCGUUGUGUGCAAAACUACUCGUGAAACUCUCCAUUGCAACACCCACGGUAACUUCCAUCCGUCCAUUUUCUUCACCGCUUAUCCUCACGACGGUCGCACUGGAGCUGGAGUCCACCUAUCCAUUCUUUCAUUCAUCUGUCCAUCCAUCAUUUGAAGAAAGCCUCAUCUAUCUUUCAUUUAUCCGUCACUCCCAACCACCCCUCCAUCUAUCUUCUAUCCCUCCAUCCUUCCAUACAUCCAGUUUCUAUACCACUCAUCAUCCUUCUCAACAUUUUACCUCUUUUCCAUCAUCCAUUCAUCACCUCUAGCUAGCUUAGCAAGCUAACCGCUAACAACAUCCAUCCAUCAAUUUUCUUAGCUGCUUAUCCUCACAAGGGUCGCAGAAAGUGCUGGCGUCUAUCCCAGCUGUCAACAGGGCAGGAGGCGGGAUACACCGUGAACUGGUCGCCAGCCAAUCGCGGGGCACAUAGAGACAAACAACCAAUCACACUCACAAUCACACCAAGGGGCAAUUUAGACUCUCCAAUUAAUGUUGCAUGUUUUUGGAAUGUGGGAGUAAAACCGGAGUGACCGGAGGAAACCCACGCAGGAGAACAUGCAAAGUCCACACAGGCGGGGCCGGGAUCGAACCCGGGUCCUCGGAACUGUUGAGGCCAACGCUUUACCAGCUGAGCCACCACGCAGGCACUGCGGCAGGUCUAGGAUGACCGGCAAGAGCCAGACCAGCAACGUGACCAACAAGAAUGACCCGCGCUCGCUCAACUCCCGCGUCUUCAUCGGCAACCUCAACACGGCGGUGGUGAGCAAGGGCGACAUCGAGGCCAUCUUCGCCAAGUACGGCAAGAUCGUGGGCUGCUCCGUGCACAAGGGCUACGCCUUCGUCCAGUAUGCCAGCGAGAGGAACGCCCGGGCGGCCGUGGCGGGCGAGAACAGCAGGGUCAUCGCGGGGCAGUCGUUAGACAUCAACAUGGCGGGGGAGCCCAAACCCUACCGGCCAAAGAUAGCCACCAAGAGGCCGCUGUCCUCACUCUUCAGUGGCUACGAUUUAGACUACGACUACUACAGAGAUGAUUUCUACAGCAGACUGUUUGAGUACCACGGCCGCGUGGUGCCGCCCGCCCGGGCCGUCAUCCCGGUCAAACGCUCUCGGCUCGUCGUGCCGUCGGCCCCCCGCAGGGCCAAGUCGUCUUUCUCCGUCCGGGCCUGUUCUUCCCCUUCCUCUUCCUCCUCCUCCUCCUCUUCCUCCAGGCUGGUCAACGUCCCGUCUUCUGUCACGGGACCCAAACUGAAGACGGAGCAGCUGGUGAGCAUCAAAAAGGAACUGUCGCAGAUCAAGACCAAGAUCGACUCCCUGCUGGGGAGGCUGGACAAAUUUGAGAGGCAGCAUGAGAUGCAGAGGAAAAACGAGGAGGCGUGUGAGUGUCACCACGGCGACCAGGCCAAUCACUCCGGCGGAGAGGACCUGGGGGCGGCGGCCGAGGCCGAGGCGGGGGAGAUGACGGAUGGCGCCGACGAUUAUUUUGAGGACGAGGGCGCCGCUGACAUGAUAGAGAAUCACAUAUCAGAUAUCGACAACUGAAGAAGUCACACGAGGGGAAGCCUGCGGCGCGGCACAGAUUGCCGAAGCGUUGCAACCAGCGCAGCCUCCGUGAUCCAGAAGGACUGUUUCAAAUGAAAGAUGAGCGACGGAAGGAGCCACUCGUUUGUUGCGUGUUUGCCUUGUCAGAGUUUAAAAAACAAAAAAGAAAAGAAAACAUUGACACUCCUGAUGUGUUUGUCAUCCAAACUCCUGGUUUUGAACGGCGAGGUCAAGCGGAAAGAGCGAUCGACAGCCGCUGACGCGUGUGUGUGUGUGUGUGUGCGUGCGUGCGUGCGUGCUUCAGCCACCGUGGUCCGUAUUGUCUUUAACUGUCGUACGGCAAAUGUACGUUGAAAAUUUGGAACGUAAGAUGAACACUUUUGUGUGCUUUUGCUUUACUUGUGCAGUCACGUCAUCGUUCUCUCUCUCUUUGUAACGCACUAGCCAUCAUACGCCGUCCCCUCGUUGCAUUCUGUCAAAAGAAAAGAUGAAUAUUUUUUACAAUCAGCAUGUAGUUUAAAAAAAAAAACAUGUGAGCGUCAUGGAUCAUUUGUAUUCACUGCUUUGGUUGUACAGCUAUGGAUAAGAGAGGAGUUUUUUGA